AUGCGGCUCAAGAUCUCACAUUCCCGAUAUCAUUCUUGAAAUCUUUCGACACCCGACGAAUCCACUUUGUAAUUAUCCCAGUACCAGCAUGGUGAGCGAUUUGUUAGAUUUCCAAGUCGGGGCCGCCGGCCUUGGAAUCGGCGCAUUCGGUGGCCUGGUAGAUGCCUUCACAGCCUGCGCAAAGAUUUAUGGUCUAUGGAAAUCCUUACGUGGUCUUGAUGGCUAUCUAGGCCUGCUACGUACUAAGCUCAUACUGCAAGAGGCUUUGUUAGACCAGUGGCAGAGAGACUGGCUUGAUCACCAGCCCUUAAAACGAGUCGACAUUCAGAAACAACGGAUUCUUCAGAGACACAAAGAUGCUGUUCUGGCCUCCCUAAUAACAGUCAAAACACUACUUGAAUCGCUGGAGCCACUUCGUGAGGCCUCGAGUUCAGAACUUGCACUCGAACGCCUGAAGUUGGUGACUGGUGGGGCGGAAGAACACGAUAAGACGCUCGUGCAGAUAAGAGCAGUUCUGAGCGACCUGUAUCGAUUACUGCCAACUCGGGAUCCAAAUAUUGCACUGUCGCAGACUGUGCUAUCAUUGGAGCAUAUCGACAAUAAUCAACAAGUACUAUUUCAGGACAGCGACUCGACUCAACAUGUGAUACAACCUGAUAAACUCAAACGCGCUAUUAACUUUCGCCAACUGGGAUACGAGCUAGAUCAAGACCUGGAGAAACGAGUGGCCGCAUUCAAAAGCAGUACUGGCGAUGCCAAUCUCACCAUUCGUUCAGAUAGAAUCAAAGUUCAAAAGGACGAUGACGUCGCUGCUGGAUUGAGAAGCUUUGGAACACUUGACUCAAAAACUCCCAUAGUCAUUGAGUGGAAGAGAUACGACAUAACAUGGAAGGGACAGAAAGGAAUCAGACUCAGAGGAAGAAUCCAGAAUAUUGCGCGACUCUUGCACGCUGAUGCAAAACCAGAAGAACUUUUGACUCUCAACUGUCUGGGAGUUUUUGAAGACAUCGAGAAGAGUCGAUAUGGCCUGGUCUUUGAGUACCCACUAGGGACCAGUGAGCAGACAGAUCUGGUAUCUCUACAAGCGUUGAUAAAAUCACCAACGCCUGAGACUCUACCAACAUUGGGUGAUCGAUAUCGGAUGGCUUACACGCUUUCACUCUCAGUCGCCAUCCUUCAUGCAUCAGGAUGGCUCCAUAAGAGUAUCAGGAGUCAUAAUAUCAUGAUUCCGGUACGGCGCAAUCAGCCCAUCUGGUCUCGGCCAUACCUCGUCGGCUUUGAAUUUUCGCGGCCAGAUUCAGUCGAUGAGACCACGGAAAAGCCAGAGCAAAGCGUACGGUUCAAUCUAUAUCGUCAUCCUUCUGCACAAGGAAUUCCAGGGGAGUCAUACCGUAAAGGCUUCGACAUAUACAGUCUCGGCGUCGUCCUUCUCGAAGUUGGUCUAUGGCGCUUAGCAUGGAGUUUACGUCGCGACGAUGAAAACCCCGCCAAGUUCAAAGAAGUGCUCCUCAGCAGGAUAGACGACAGACUAGCUCACUUCAUGGGAACAGAGUAUCAAGAGGCGGUAAGGAGUUGUCUGAACGGCGAUUUGGAUCAUAGGGAGGGAUCGGUAAUACGGGCUUUCUACAACGAGGUUGCGGAAACUAUGUGCUCAUUGGCGGAGUCACAGCCAUAGCGAUUGCAACAUUUCUUAUCAGCUAUAGUCUAAGAAUGAUAAUACAGGGCUUUUUGCACCUGUCUCAGUUUAGCUUGGUUUUGGGGACUUUGUUAGUGCUGUGUUGUAUCAAAGCCUUUAGCUUGGCACAUCCCUGUAUGUCGUCCCAAAUCCUGACAGGGGUUGUGAAGGACCUCGGCAAGGAUAUCACUAGCUACCCUAAAUGGUCCAUAAACUCUGGUUUCUCAUGAGUAUUCAAGGGGAGUUGAGCAAUACACAAUGACGUUUAUCGAAUAAA